AUGCCUGAGAAAGUGUGCCGUGAUCUUGCACCAGAUUUUGACUUUCUACAAAAGAUUUCCAAAGCUGUUUGGAGUGUAGAGAUUGAACCGACUGAGUUUGAAGAGAGGUGGGCUAAGGUUAUUAGUGAAUUUAAGUUGGAAAACCAUGAUUGGUUGUUGCAGAUUUAUGAUAAGCGUGAAAUGUGGAUUCCGGCUUAUUUUAGGGAUUUAUUCUUGUGUCGUAUAAUGAGAACUACAUCUAGGUCAGAGAGUGAGAAUAACUUUUAUACUAAGUUUACUAAUGCACAUCUUACCUUUGUUGAAUUUUAUAUGAGAUUCGAAAGUGCAUUAGAUGCUCAACGCCAUACUCAAGGUGAAAAUGAUAAUUCUUCUAAACAUAAACAUCCUGAGUGUAAGACACGUUCUGCCAUAGAGAAAUUUGCUUCUGAAGUGUACACGACAACUGUUUUUUAUGAGUUCCAAGAUGAGGUGGAAUCAGCUCUUUUCUCUUGUGGUCUUGGUGAUUUUAAGAAAGAAUUUGGAUUGGAAGUUUAUACUAUUGGAGAAGGGAUUCCUUGUAGGCAUAUGGUUUGGGUUUGGAAGGCAAAACAUAUUCACAAAAUUCCUGAGGCUUAUGUGCUUAAUCGAUGGUGUAUAAUGGCAUGUAAGAAGCCGAUUUUUGAUUUAGAAGGGAAUGAGUUGGAGCAAUGUGUUCAACAUGUAGAUAGGAAGAGAUUGUUGAAUGAUUUGUGGUGUGAAAUUCACUCUGGUGUGAGUUUGGCCCAAGGGAAUGAAUUGACAAUUAGUGCUCUUGUGGACAAUCUUCGUUCAUUGAGGUUAGAUUUGGAAUCCCAAAGUAGUAUUGUUGAUGGAUCGAGUGGUAGUGUUUCUAGCAAAGCUCAAGAUAUUGAAUUUCUUAUUGGAGCUAGUGUGCCUACUGAAAUUCUGAUCAAACCGCCUAAAGUUUCAAAGAACAAAGGUACCGGGGUUCAUGUUCAAGGUAGUGGAAGUGAUAAACCGUUGAAGAGUGAUAAAGAAAAAGUUGUUGAACAAAGUCAGAAGAAGAAUAGGUUGUGUAAAGGAUGUAAGAAGAUGGGUUACCAUGAUAUUCGUAAUUGUCCCGAAAAAGAGAAGUAA